UACAGGAGAAUGCCAUUUGGACUGUGUAAUGCUCCAGCUACCUUUCAAAGGUGCAUGCUAUCAAUCUUCUCAGACAUGGUAGAAAAAUUUAUUGAAGUCUUUAUGGAUGAUUUCUCUGUUUUUGGUGAUUCGUUCAAUACUUGCUUGCACCAUCUUACCUUAGUCUUGAAAAGGUGCCAAGAAACCAAUUUAGUUUUGAAUUGGGAGAAAUGCCAUUUCAUGGUACCCGAAGGCAUUGUUCUUGGGCAUGCUGGAUUCUAUAGGAGAUUCAUCAAAGAUUUUUCCAAAAUAGCAAAGCCACUAAGCAAUUUGCUGGUGGCAGACAAUCCUUUUAUCUUUGAUGAUGAAUGCAAACAUGCUUUUGAAACUCUAAAGACUAAGCUCACCACAGCACCAAUCAUCACACCCCCAUGUUGGGGACUACCUUUUGAACUCAUGUGUGAUGCAAGUAACCUUGCAAUUGGUGCUGUGUUGGGGCAGAGGAAGGAAAAGAAGCUUCAUGUUAUCUACUAUGCAAGUAAGGUAUUGAAUGAAACUCAAAAGAACUACACUACAACAGAGAAAGAGUUACUAGCUGUGGUAUAUGCUUUUGAUAAGUUUAGACAAUAUUUGAUUGGAUCUAAAGUUUUAGUGUAUACUGACCAUGCUGCUCUUAAGUAUCUUAUGUCAAAACAGGAUGCCAAACCAAGGCUAAUCAGAUGGGUGCUACUCCUACAAGAAUUUGACAUUGAGAUAAAAGAUAGAAAGGGCAAUGAAAAUCAAGUUGCUGACCACUUAUCAAGGCUACCACAAGAUGCAUGCCAAGACAACGUUCCAUCCAUAAAUGAAGAAUUUCCAGAUGAGCAUCUCUUGCAAAUCCAACAUGUCCCUUGGUUUGCGGAUAUGGCCAACUACAAGGCGGGGAGAAUCAUCCCACAAGAGUACACAAAACAACAAGUCAAGAAGCUACUACAUGAACUCUUUGAUCUGUGGGGAAUAGACUUCAUGGGACCCUUUCCUCCAUCUUACACAUUCAAAUACAUUUUGGUAGCAGUAGAGUAUGUCUCCAAAUGGGUAGAAGCAAUAGCCACCACCACAUGUGAUACCAACGUGGUCUUGCAAUUCCUCAAGAAGAACAUCUUCACUAGAUUUGGAGUGCCCAAAGGACUCAUAAGUGAUGGGGGAAGCCACUUCUGCAACAAGCAACUAAAUUCUUUACUCCACAAAUAUGGUGUUACUCACAAAGUAGCUACCCCAUAUCACCCACAAACCAAUGGGCAAGCUGAACUUGCCAACAGAGAGCUAAAAAGGAUUUUGGAGAAAAAUGUGGGAACAACAAGAAAGGAUUGGGUUAGGAAGCUGGAUGAUGCACUUUGGGCAUAUAGGACAGCCUUCAAGACACCCAUAGGAAAAUCUCCAUUUCAGCUGGUGUAUGGAAAGGCAUGCCACCUCCCUGUGGAGCUUGAACAUAAGGCCUUUUGGGCCACCAAACUUCUGAAUUUAGAUGCUCAAGCAGCAGGAGAGAAGAGGUUGCUACAACUCAAUGAACUUGAGGAGUUCAGAUUGGAGGCAUAUGAAAAUGCCAAAAUAUACAAAGAGAGAGCAAAGAGAUGGCAUGAUAAG